AUGUCGUCGUCUUUGUUCGGCCGAAGAAACACCCAACAGGGUCGGAGCCGACCAUCCUCUUUCAGCGGCAAUGGUUCGAGGAACAAUGGAUCGUCCGUUCGGAGGCAACCUUCUUCUUCUUCAAACGGCUUUGGUGGCGGAAGACAAAGCCAAGGACAGAUUCUGGUGCAAAGGCCGCCCUCACAGCACGCUCGUCGCGCACCACAAAGCAAGCAGCAACAAGAACAGCAACAAAGUCAAGAAUCCAUUAUGAAAGACUUGAAACUCUUACAUGACUUCCAACAAAGCUCGCAACGAAACCUCGAACAAGCCCAACGCUCCAAGGAGCAAAAGGAAGCUCGGCGCUCGGAAAAGGAACGAACUUUGGAAAGUCGCAGAUACGCCAAUGGAGAGCAGCGAGUACAGAUUGAGCGUCAACGUGCAAUGCUGGGAAUCAGCCAUCGCUUGGUGACGAGUCGGAAGAACGAUCGAGGGCGUGCAAGCAACGACGUUCGCGACUUCAACAGCGCUCUCACGAACGCUCUCAAGAACUCGCGAAACAACAGCACCGUCCAGCGCAAGAUCCUCGAGUUCCUCGUCACAUUGACCGAAAGCGCCGACAAACUCAAGGAACUCCAGAAGAAGGCAAAGGACAAGCCGAAGCGACUGGAGAGAGUACGCGACCGUGCCGCAAAGAAGCUGGAAAGCCUUCGCGACAGUGUCCGAAACGAGGACGAACGAUCGAGAGUGUUCGACGCGGAGAUUGCCCAAGUGAGACAAAAGAUCGCAGAACUACAAGACGAGCUUCACAAAACAACAUCCAAUGAAGCAUCUUCCAGAACUUCCUUGCAACGACUCUGUGCCCAAAUCGACGAGAGCGCCGCUCAACAGGCAAAGGCCGUGGAUGCACUCAAGAAAGCAAUCAAAUCCCGUGAGGAAGCAGAAGCUGAAAGCGGUGCCUUGGACGAGCAAAUGCAGUCGAGUGUGUCCCGCAUCACGCAAGCGUCCACCAACCUACAGGAAAAGCUCUUUAGCAUUCACGAGGAUGCCGGGUUCGAACGAAGAGACAUGAUGGCGGGAACUGUCCACAUUGAAUCAUUGGUGACGGAGCAACAAGAAUCCUUGGAAAAGACUCGAGCAAAGAAGCAGCGUCUUCUCGACUCUGUAAACAGUCUCAAGGAGAAGAAAUCUUCUUGCGACACGAGGGAAUCGGCAGUACGAGCGACAAUCACAAAACUUUCCCACGAAACUCACCAAUUGGACAUUGAAGAGACGGAACGACGCAGCAAACUGGAGGAGCGCCAUGCGGAGCUUCAAGCCACUGAAAAGGAGAUUGACAAUCUUCGCCAGUCUCUUGUGGGCAUCAAAGAAAGUAGAGACAAGUAUCGAAGUCAGGCCGAGGAGAGUGUCAAGGAGAAGCUCGAGGCAAUCGAGAAGGAGACACUGCAGAUUGCAACACUGACUACGGAACUCAACAACCACUCAGAGAACUUGGAGAUUCAAAAGCAGAACUGGUCGCAGGCGAAGAAAUCCAACGACGACAAGAAGAAUACUACCACUACCCUUGUGGAAGACGCCAGAAUGCAAUUGGACAAGGUCAAAUCUGACUGGGCUCAUGUAGCGUCGCUCAACGAAAAGCUGUCAGCUCUCGAGCAGCAACAAACGCUAAUCCGAAAGACCGAAACCGAAAAGUUGGAGGCUGAGAUUUCGAAGAUUCUGGACGAUCAUCCUGCACUGCAAGACAUAUCAAUCGACGAACACGUGUCUUCCGAUUCCCAACUUGACAACCAAGCAAACAUCUGCCUCGAGCCAAUCGUCGAAGCCUUGGCCAAGGAAAUCGAAGAUGCUUCGACCAAAGCCACCGAAACUCGCAAGGCUCUCAUCGCAGAAGAGACCCGACUCCGAGAGGAAGCGGCAAGGAAGGCCCAGGAGGAGGCUAAGAGGAAGGCCGACGAGGAAGCAGAAGCUAAGAGGAAGGCUCAAGAGGAAGAGGAGCGCCGCAAGGAAGAAGCUGCCAGGAAGGCCCGGGAAGAAGCUGCCAGGAAGGCCCAGGAAGAGGCAGCAAGGAAGGCCAAGGAGAUUGAGGAAGCUGAGGAACGCCGCAAGGAAGAAGCUGCCAGGAAGGCCCAGGAAGAGGCAGCAAGGAAGGCCAAGGAGAUUGAGGAAGCUGAGGAACGCCGCAAGGAAGAAGCUGCCAGGAAGGCCAAGGAGAGAGAGGCAGCCGAGGAACGUCGCAAGGAGAGAGAAGCAGCCGAGGAACGUCGCAAGGAAGAGGCAGCAAGGAAGGCCGAGGAGAUUGAGGAAGCUGAGGAACGUCGCAAGGAGAGAGAAGCAGCUGAGGAACGUCACAAGAAAGAAUCUGCCAGGAAGGCCCAGACAGAGGCUGACAGGAAGGCCCUGGAAGAGGAUCAAAGGAAGGCUAAGGACAGAGAGGCAGCCAAGGAACGUCGCAAGGAAGAAGCUGCCAGGAAGGCCAAGGAGAAAGAAGCAGCCAAGGAACGUCGCAAGGAAGAAGCUGCCAGGAAGGCAAAGGAGAAACGUCGCAAGGAAGAAGAAAAGAGCAGUCGUAAGGACCAGACAGAGAAGCGCGAGCAAACGAAACCAGCCGACGAGCAGUGCGCGGAUGCGGACGAGAAACGCAAACGCCCCUCCAACAGACCUGUGCAGCCCGCCAAAAAGCAAGCGACUUCGGAAGGAAAGGGGAAGCCAGAUGUACCCAGCACUGGGGACGCUAGAAAGCAAGGACGCAAACGACAGCAAGAGAAAGCAAGCCAGGUACAAAGCUCAAACGAGAAUAAGCCAGAGACUCUCCCCCCAGCCAAGGCGACCAAGCGCAAGAAGAGUGCAAGUACGAGCGAGGGCAGCACCAAACGCGAUCGCGGGGAUGACGAUGCAACCUCGAAGCGACACGCCAAGGAUGGGAACCGGACUGGUCAAGUUGAUCAGGACAGAGGCUACAUCGCAGCCGUGCGCCAGCAGAACUCGCGCACUGUGAAGGGACCGAAGCACCGCGAUACCUCAACCCGUACCCCCGCCAAACCUUCCAUACUCGCAACACCGAACCAUCCAUCAUCAUCUCUGAGACCCGCCGGUUCGAGCGCGAAGCGUGGACUCAAAGUAAGCUUCAUGGAAUCUCCAUUUGCGGAUCAAACUGAUGAUGACAAAUCGACUUUGGACGCCCACGAUGAAAUGGAAUAUAGAGACUCUGAUGACGAGUCCGAUUCUGAGCCUGUGACGGUUGGAAACAAAGCGAAGGGCGUAGAGAAACCCAGUUCGCGACGCGGACGCAACAAGGCGCGCAAAGAAGAGACCCAGGACAAUGGCGGUGUGCUCGCGCAGCUAGGAAGUGGCGGCGUUUCACGCGAUAAGCAAUCGACCGCAGUGUCCCGGUCGUCUUCCAAACCCAAAGCUUUGAGCAGAUCUUCAAGCAAGGCUACGUCAAGUCGGUCCAAUCCUGAGGAAGGACGUGUCAUGGAUGCAAGCAGCAGCAGCAAGACGAAGAAGAAACAGCAACCAGCAGCAUCCACCAGCAAGCGAACGGAUCUUUCUGACCACAAAACCAAACGGGCGAAAUCGUCCGCGUCCAAGCCUGGUACGUCGAGCCGACCUUCGAAGGAGUCAGGAAAGCACAGCUAUUCCGGACUCUCGUCUUCGCAGUCGAAAAAGUCCUCUUCGGACAAGAAGCGCGACAGAUCCGAUGGUCAGGGCUCGAGUGGCAGUCGAAAGAAACCCAAAUCUUCGGCGGAGCCUGCUGCAAUCAAGCGACGACGCAAAUCGAAGAAAAAGGACGGUGAUGCCGUCAAACGCAAAACCAAGGAGGACACCCUCAACUUUUCGUUCUAG